GAAAGUAGGCCCGCCUUGAAAUUACAAAUAUCGUUGAUGUAAGUCACACGAGACGCGUGAACGUCUUGAAUUUCAAUUUCAGCCCUUUCUUGCUUCCUUCAUCUCUUUUGCUCUUGGGACUCGAGCGUUGCCUGAUUCUGCGGCUCUGCAUCAUAUGCCGACUAUAUCUAGCAAUCCUUCUCCAUCCUCUAAGCCCUUUAUCUUCCAUACGGUGAAUUCGUCGAGGAAGGGAUAUGUUAACGGGACGACUACCGUGAGACAGCUCAAGGCCGCUGCUGCCGCAUAUAUUAAGCAAGACGUGGAGGACCGUAACAUUUCAGAGUUUUGCAAUGCAAGAGUCUUUGUUUCUGAGAAUGGCCCAAUCGCGCUUGCUCCUUACGAACCCGACGACUCUUUGAAAGUCAAUACAGUUUGCUCGGACGCCACUGCCAGUGGAUUUGUUUUCGUCCCUUCCCUGCCCACCGAAAUGAGGCAGGAAGAAGCUGCCGCGGGUGGUAACAAUAUCCAUGACAUGCUUGGGCAAAUGAUGAAGGCGGGGAAUGACACGACUAUUGCGAGUCUGCAAGAUGAGAACAUGACUUUGAUGGAGAGGAUACAGGCAUUGGAGGAGGCUAACACUGCUUUGAAGCAGGAGAACCAGGAUCUGAAGCGGGAGAACCAGGCUCUGGUAGAGAGAUUGCGGGAACAUGCGGACGAUACGUGCCAUUGAGAGACAUAACCAUCUCUAAGGCCAUCAGAGAUGAGCGCUGAGCGACUGAGCGGAGUCAUGCUCCUCAGGAGAUUCACUGUACGCUCUGCCAGCCUAAAUAUCGAUGAAUAGUGGGGCCUAAAUCGAGCGCAGAUUCUAUAGGUGGCUGGGAAAUGAGAUGCAGAGCGACAACUGCAAGAAAUAUAGCCUAGCACUGUAGCUUUUAUAAGUUAGACAUGCACAAAAUUGGUGGCCUGGUAGCAACAAGUACUUAUAUCUGGACAUAGCCAUUCACAGGAUAUUAUGAUUCAUUCAUCAUCAUCGUGAGUGCUAGAAUUGACCGGGCCGUUCGGGAUUCGUUAGUCAGACAACCGGC